GUCUACUCUUGGUCGAGACUAAUUAGAACAUAACAAUAAUUUUGGAAGGGAGAUCAGUUUUUCGCUCGUCACCGAAGACUCCAUAGCACUCGAGUAGGAAAAUUCCGAACAGCAAGAGACUAACGGCUGCAGACCACCGAGUACGAAGCAAAGCUUCAGGCAGCCCUUCUGCCUCGUGCCAACCACUAAUAAUUUCGGUUUCAACUGGUGUCUUCGACUUAACCCGGCUUGCAGCCAGCCUCGGAGUAGAGGGCCACCUAAGCGCCGGAGAACUCACCAGCACAUACAGCGCACACAGCGCACACAGGGUUACUCCAACUACCGGUAUGGAUGCCGGACGGAUUUUCCACUACUGGGCGUUUCUUGUUUUGUGCUUACAAUGGCCACUGUACGUCCAAGGCAACUCGCUCUCACUUUACAUUGGAGAAAUGUGCAUUCCAGGAGAUCAAGGGAACUUUUGUAGUUGCCCACGAGAUUAUACACCGAUUGCAGGCACAAAGAGGUGUAGAAUAAAUUGCGAUAAAUUCAAAGACGAAUCCAGCUGCCCUGCCCUUUCAAAGUGUGAGUACUCUGAACCGAAUGUCACGUGUGUUUGCCCAGAAGGUCAAUUGAUGAUAGGGAACGCAUGCAUGGACGUCUGUAGUACUUGCUCAGAGUUUGCCAGCUGCAUCACGAUGGAGGGGCAGCCCAAAUGCACCUGUGGAGAGGGUUAUACAGGCAAUGGGACACACUGCACUGCCACUGCGCGACCGACACCUCCCUACAAGAAUCCGAUUACGUGCCAUUCCCUGCCGGAUUUUGGCCGCGCACAAGCCAGUCAAGUUUGCAACUGUGAUACAGACUACGAGUACAACUCUACGUCUGGGCAGUGUCAAAGAGUCUGUGCUAAAUUCAAUUGCACUGCGAACGCUGAAUGUGAGUACGGGCAGCAUGCCAUUCGUUGCGUCUGCAGCAACGGCUAUGUGAACAAUUCGAACGCCGAAUGCGUCAGAAAGGACCCGUGCGCCAGCCACCCUUGUUCUUCGCUUGCCAACUGCACCGCCAGUGCAAGUGGAACCGACCACACUUGCACGUGCAAACCAGGUUACCAUGGAAAUGGAACUCACUGUUCUGACGACGACGAAUGCAGCAAUGGAGCAAACAAUUGCCAUGGUAAGGCCGAGUGCAGAAACACGGACGGGUCAUUCGUAUGCUCGUGCCGAUCGGGAUAUUCAGGUAAUGGGCUCCAGUGCGAUGAUAUUAAUGAAUGCAAACAGGCUGGAAGGUGCCAUGACCAUUCAACCUGUAGCAAUACAGAUGGCAGCUAUUCAUGCAGCUGCAAUGAUGGGUUUACAGGUAACCCUACGGGAUGUUCUGAUACGGAUGAGUGCAAUUCAGGUAGCCAUAACUGUACAGCACCAAUGUCCAAUUGUACAAACACAAUCGGUGGGUAUACUUGUGGUUGUGAUGCGGGGUUCACAGAGUCAGACAAUGGUGAAUGUGAAAAUGUCGAUGAAUGCUUUCAAGCUAAACGAGUGUGUCCUACGGAAGCAGUUUGCACUGACAUACCUGGCUCAUACUUAUGCCAUUGUCCUGCUGGAUACACUGGGAAUGGCGUAGUCUGCACCAACGUGAAUGAAUGUAGCGAUAGUCCGUGUGGGAUUUGCGGCGCUCCAGAUAAAAAAAAUUGCACGGCGUGUGCCACUUGCUUGGAUACCAGCGGGUCCUACCAGUGCCAGUGCCCGAUGCUGUACAGCUGGACGGGUUUCGGCUGCAGUCUGGCUGUGGACGCCUGCAGUUACCGUCUGCAUCAAUGCAGUGUCAACAGCACAUGUUCACCGAUGAAUGGCUCUAGUGGCAGCGAUGUCAACACAGCUGAGCAAUGCUAUUCGUGUUCAUGCCUUGAGGGUUACACUGGAAAUGGCUCGCACUGCUUCCCGGUAAAUGUCUUCCAGAGGUCCAAGGGCAACGUAGCUAGAGUGGGCCUCAGUUGGUGGCUGAUGUUCAUUGUGGCGCUAGCCGUGAUGAUCUUUGUCGGAAUAAUCGCACUCCUAGUCCUAGUGUUGUACCGGAAGAAGGAUCGUCAGCAGUGUUCAGGCACGGCUAUAGCACACAAGCCACUGCCAGGGAAAGACGUUAUGUACGAUUCGUAUCACGGCAAAAAAGAAAAGAAUGGAAAUCCGUACGGUUUCAUGCACUCGAGAGCUGAAAAGCGCGGCAGGAACUCUGAUUACAUGACUUGCGGCUCGCCAGCAUCGCAACACAAUGGGUCUCCCGACGGUGGCGAGGCGCACGAAUCGGACGCAGGGCGGUUAGCCAAAAGCAUCCUCUCCGGAAAGCACAAUUUGGUGCAGAAAUCAGGGAGUGAACUCAACUCCACACUGAGCACAAGUCGCGAGACACUCUGUGCCUCUUCAUCUACUUUGACAGUGAUUUCCGCUACCGUGCUCGACAUGGAUGACUGCAACCAGACCGGUGAAUGGUGCCCAGAGGCGGGCACGAAGAACAUGACACACGCCAGGGCGGAGAUGGAUUACGCUGCACCGGGCACGGGGGCCGGCAGCAGCAGUCUUCCAGGUGAUAGGAGCUGCGCCACUGCCACAGGCGUUGCGAUCAACAGUGCCCAGACGAUUGGCAAUAACGAAGUGAUAUACAGUGAAGGUCUUGAUAGCUGGGAAGCUUCAGGCUACCAGGGAACCAGUUCGGAGUACGCCACAGCAACCGGUGCAAAGCCAAAGGCAGCAACCAACAGUAGUGGUCCAGGAAGAAAGGCCGUCACCCGGGAAAGGUCCGGAUCCUCUGCAGAACUAGCAGCCUGUGUGAAGCAGGUCCAGGGACAAUACGUGUUCAGGGCAACCACUGGCUGCCUGGUCCCAUUGAAUGCGUUCCGCGUGCCGAUUGACGGAAACCGUCUCCUUGACUACAUGGUGAUGAGUGAUCCGGACGGCAGUUACACUCUGUAUGACCACACCAGAGCCGACUUUCACGGCGUUGCCAGGGCGCACGAGAUCAGCCAGGCCACCUGGAUAAGCGAGGCAGAGCUGAGCGAGGCAUUUAAACUCUCGCCAUGGCUCACCAGCGAGGACCUCCAGCCGCAGUACUCCAAGGAGCGAGCAGCUGUCAGAGGCCCGUCCGGAGAGUUCACGUUCACGGAUGGCACACGAGGUGUGUCCGUGCCCGUGAAGAGCGUGUUCGGCGACAGGGUAAACGAAGGAAACUUCCAGGAGCGGCUAGUGGCUGUGGAUCGGUUUGGUUGCUAUGCCCUACUGGAAAAGUACACACGUCACCUUGUUGCUACCAGCAUUGUGUCGGAGAACACCAACUCAACAGACAAGGCAACCAACAACUGUAUAGAAACCGAAUCAGCGGCAAGCUCAUUGUACACAUCUUUCGAGCCCGAUCAAAUAAGGUCUCACCCGGCACAGCAACUAUCGACGGCUAGGAUUCACGCCAUUCAGUUACAGCAAGUGUUUGAAGACCGUGAUGGGCAGUUCUCCUUCGCUACAAACUACGGCGCUGUCAUUCCUCUUAGCAUCUUCGCCUCCUCGUCAGGAUUCGAUGGCACUUUCACCGCUCAGUGUAGUGUCGGAUCGAUCAAUGCAAGGGAAAUCGGCCUCUUUGAAGAGGGCUCAACAACUCCAGUAGCGGUCAUCAGUCUGAACCAGGUCACGAAAUACUUAGCUGCGGCCAAAGUCAAGCCUGUUGUUGAACAAGCCAGUUUGGCUCGUGCGGCUGACAGAACUAAGCGGGUGUUGGAGAAGGACUCGACUGGAAAACUUGCAUUCCGAUCCAAACAUGGCGCCAGUGUUCCCGUGUCCGUGUUCAAUGUAGAAAUUGAUGUUGAAAACUCAAUGGAGUAUGAAGUGACAGAGACCGACAGCGGAAUGGUGGCGUUGUUCAACACGACAACGGCUGAACUGGUUGGCACGGCGGACUGUUCAUUGGCCACCAGUGAGAGCGCAUCCAAGGCGGUGCGCUUCCAUGCGCCGAACGCCAGGGCGGUGCUCCAGCAACAGGAGCUGCUGAAUGCAGGCGACGCCAACAGCAUCUACGCUGAGCUGGGUGGCAAGGGAAUCCAGUCCAGCAGCGAAUACGACAGCACGGAGCUGUAUUGCCUCAUCUCCAAGUCCAUGCAGAAGAUGGACGUAAACAGGGCAGAGCUACGAAAUGUCACCGGUAGUGCUGGCGACCAAGGCCAUUCUCGAAUCCCUGGCCAGACCGCCACCGAGGACCCCUACGGCCUAUACGAACCUGUAGUGCCAGGAACGGACGGCGUGGCCAGCCGAGAGGCGCGCGUCUACAAUGUAGCCAUGGUGAAUUCCGGCGUUGCUAUGGCAGCGGGAGCCGGUGACGACGCGGAUCCCUACCAACUCGUCUCCGGUCUGGUGGCCAGCAACGAUAGUCGCGCGGCUGAACUUCGCAUCGCCACUGUCAUUGACCAAGCAAUCACAGAGGAUGCCGAGGUGGAGGAGGACACCUAUGCACUUGUGUCGGCCAAUGGUGCCGUUGCCAGUAGCAACCAGGCCACGCUACACACCAGCAAGCCAAUGGCAGAGCAGCGUCAGGACGCCGGUCCUGACGUCUACUCGUCUCCAGCCAGGAUGAAGAAUACGUUCACCACAUUCUCAUUCACCGGAGUGAACAACACCUAUUCAACCGGGUCCUCACUUGGUGGAAAACCUGUGUGUGCAUCUCAGUCUGGACGCUAAUUCCACUGCUCAGAUACUAUACAGUCACUGUACAUGCUGGGGCAUAUGGAUGCUGUGUUUUGCAGAUGGCCCAGAUACGAAUUCUCCAAUAAACUCAAUGGACUGUGGGUAGGAUACAUAUCACGACUGCUCCAAAAUACACCUCUCCGCAAAGACAGAACACGCUACGGCAAUUGAAGGUGCUUCGAAAUUCUCAAUCUCUGCGCUGCCAAUGUCUUCACUAUCUUCUCUCGUAUUUUGGUAUGCCUGGCAGACGCCGUCAUUUCCAGAGUUCUCUAUAUUCCUAACCCAAGUCUAACACAUGUUCUUGCUCAUUUUGCUUCUUCUUUCGCAUUUUUUCUUCUUGUUUGCAGUCUUUUUCUCCGCUGUUUUUUUUCAUCAUCUUCCUUGCUGUAUGUAGCUCUUAGUUCACCUGUGCUAGGUGAAAGGUAGUGCAUUGCGUGUGUGAACCUGUGUUUCACUAGCGAGGAAGCCUACCUACUGUUCUGGCAGCCAAUGGCUUUACUUCUGCACUGUACUAUUGCUCCAUAGCACGUUCAAAGUAGCCAUUUUAGUUAAAGUCACUCGGGCUCAUUCAGUUGGCAAAUAUGGGUUCUUCUCCAGGUGUCUUCUUUUCGAACCCGGAACCAUUGUAGACGGGAUCAAUUGUAGAUCAUCUGUAGUAGAUCUGUCGAUUGCUGUAGAUUGUGUUCUCGUUUUUGCAAUAGCGCUCUCUAAUUUCUCUUUCAGAGCAUCAUUUCUUCUUGAUGGUUUCCUGAUGACUGUGCUCAUGUCGUAUUGUAUCGCCUUUGUUUGCUCCGUAUCGGACAUUCUUGUCUUGUUGGUCCUCAAUGAGGAUUAUCUGACAUUCUUCACUUCACUGCUAGGAUAA